GCGGGCGCAGCCGGGCUGGCCCCGCGCCACGCGGAGGAGGAGCAGCAGAUCCUCGGAGCACGUUAAAGAGCGAGGCCGAGCGCGGCGGGGAGGAAGCGAACGGCUCCGCGAAGGCAACGGAGCGGCGGCCGCAGGCAGAGCGCCCGCCCCGGCCGGACCCAAGUUCCCGGCGGCGGCUCGGCCGGGCCCGGCGGAGGGUGCGGGAUCGGGGCCGGGUGGCCGCGCCCGCCGCCCCGCACCAUGCCCGCCGCGCUGCCCAGCCUGCUGGCCUGGCUGGCGGUGCUGCUGCUCGGCAGGGCCCGCCCGGCCGACGCCUGCAGCUGCUCGCCCAUCCACCCGCAACAGGCCUUCUGCAACGCCGACGUAGUGAUCCGAGCCAAGGCCGUCUCUGCGAAGGAGGUGGAUUCGGGGAAUGACAUAUACGGGAAUCCCAUCAAACGCAUCCAGUAUGAAAUCAAGCAGAUCAAGAUGUUCAAGGGCCCCGACCAGGACAUAGAGUUCAUCUACACGGCUCCAUCCACUGCCGUGUGCGGCCGGCUGCUGGACACCGGUGGGAAGAAGGAGUAUCUCAUCGCAGGCAAGUCAGAGGGCAAUGGCAAGAUGCACAUCACGCUCUGUGACUUGGUGUCCACCUGGGACUCGCUGACCCCAACCCAGAAGAAGAGCCUAAACCAGCGGUACCAGAUGGGCUGCGAGUGCAAGAUCUCGCGCUGCCUCUCCAUCCCCUGCUUCGUCUCCUCCUCGGAUGAGUGUCUGUGGACAGACUGGGCGAUGGAGAAGAACAACGUGGAUGGGCGGCAGGCGAAGCACUACGCCUGCAUCAAGAGGAGCGACGGCUCGUGCGCCUGGUACCGCGGCAUGGCCCCCCCCAAGCAAGAGUUUCUCGACAUCGAGGACCCCUAAGCCAAACGAGCGCAUUCCAGUAGCCAGUAGAAAAAACCUGCGAGAUGUUAGACUGGUCCACGCUGAUAUCAAAUCCUGGAGACAGCAUGAAAAUCCUCUCGGCCGCAGGGGGCCCCGGUGGCUGCCCCCCGUGUGUGGGGGCCCAGGACCCGCUCUGGUGCAGGCUCCUGGCAGCCCGCAGCUGCCCUGGGCAUCCUUCGCUCGUGGCAGGGCUGAGCAGGGCGUGGGGAGCUCCCUGCCAGGGUCACGAUCCCCCAGCCAUGCUUGGCUCUGGCGGCUGUGAAGGAAUCAAGCCCUUGUGAGUGGUGGGAGCUGCCCUGGCUGCGUAGCAGGUCUACCAGUGCCCCGCUGCGGGAGCCUCCCCCACAGCUCCAGACACACAGCCCUCCCCACUGCAGCACCUGGCAGCCCUGCUGACCACUGCCCCCAGCACCUACCUCUCCCUUCGGGGUGCCAGAAGGGCACCCCUCUGGGCAGGGGCUCUGGGGGGCUUUACCAUGGGGCACGACCCCCAGCAAGGGGCUCCGGGCCCUCCACAGGGCCAGAUGACUCCUGCCCAGGUGCCUUGUCCCAGAAAGCUGGAGGGGCAUGUUAGCAUAUCUGGGGUGACCCCUGACAUGCGCCCCUGCACUGUUGCCUCUCUCUCCACAUGGUCCUUUCUCCAGGGGUCUCUGUUCCCCUGCAACCUCCUACAGAUCCUUCUGCAGAUGCCACCAUUGGACAGGCUCGACCUGGAACCCUUGGCAGGGCACCAGGGGCCGCAGCUCUGGCUGCAUGGGCACAGGGUGUCCAUCAUUGCCUCGUGCAGAUCCGGGCCAUGCCGCGGCCCUCAGCACCACUGCAGCCAGGCAAGCUCCCUUCUCUGCGGUGUGGGAGUGGAGCCUGGAACUGGCAGCAGGGCACUGCAGGAAAACCUGUGACCCCUGACACCCCUCGGCCCUGAGUUCUCUGAGCCAUCCCCAUGCCACAGCGGUGCUGGCGUGUGCCGCGGAGCUGCUGUGGCACUGGCACGUGCACCCCUGGCUUUGGGAGCGUGCCGGGAAUGCUCCCUGCAGCCCUGUGCCCGUGGGGUUUUCAUGCUGUGCGUCCCUGUAAGGUUUGAGAUGUCGUACUGGACCAGUCUGGGCAAUUUCAACAUAUUAAAGAGAAAAAUUAAAAAGAAAGAAAAAGAAAAAAAAACCCCAACCUUUACUCAGUCCCGACCGCGCAUCCCGGGCGCUCUGUAUGGCUGUACCCGUUGUGCUCCUGUCGCUGCUGCUCCUCUGUCUUUGACUUCAAUAUCGCCACUUGUUUUGCCGCCG